ACAUACAGAUCAAAAGUUGAAAAAGACAUGGCAGUAUCAAAGACAGCAAUGCUCAUUGUUCUUGCCGCAAUCCUUCUUCUCUCAUGUGUGUCGAUGUCAAAUGCAAGGGAGCUGCAAAGUCCACAACAUGUGGAGUGUGUUGGAGGAGAAUGUCCACCGAAGCAUCCCCAGCAAUACUUUGGGACUUGCUUUAGCAAUCAAGAUUGCAAAAAUAGUUGUUUCUCAUCUUGUAAAAUUCAAUAUUGUUAUCAUCAUGAAUGUAUUUGCGCACUAUGCGACAAGGAGGCUCCAUCACCUUAUUAGUGCCACAACGUUUCA